AUGGCGCCGCUAGAAGGACAGCUCGAUGAUACGAAGCGGUUCGAAUGGACGCAACCGACCGUCGCAUGCUAUGACUCGAACACCGUGAGCGUCGUGUCGGCGCCACGCCAUUGGCGGGACUUUGCGUUUGUGCGCAAUGCGUCGCAUGUCGAGUUUGAAGAAGGUAGUAUCGCGCACGACGUUCACGUAGAAGGCUUGCGAAAUGUCCAAGAGAUAGGCUUUCGUCAGUGCGACUUUAUCGAGUCACCACAUGCGCUGGCCCGAUGCCGCUCGCUUCGGUUUCUGUCGUGCGAAAAUCUCCAUGAUUUGGGCGAGUUGACCAGCGUCAAGCACCUGAAUAUAUCAGGAUCGCGGACAGCGACAAACGUGCACAAGUUAACGUUGCUGGAGUCACUCGUCGUUGGGAGCACCUAUCCGGCGGCUCUCCCGUCCGUGGCAACCAGCCUCACGGCGGCUGCGGUCAGCGUGCCAUGGUCGUCCAUGCCACUGGUGGUGUCGGAGCUCCAUCUAAAGCAUUGUCAGUCGUUGCCAUCCUCCAUUCCAUUCCAAGCGACAAGCGUGUCGUUGUCGUCGUGCGAACAACUUGAGACGAUCCGUUGCUUUCGCUUGGCGUCGCAUGUCGAGAUGGUGCGCACGCGGCUCCUUCAUGUCGACGCGUUCCGAGGGUUUUCGUUGUUGCAGUCGAUUCGACUGCAAGCGUCGACGUGUCUGCAGGACGUUUCCGCACUGCGCAACGUACACGACGUGUCCCUGUCCCUGUGCGUGAACCUCCAGGACGUGGCGCCGCUUGCCCAUGCCAACUCGAUUGACAUUUCGUGCUGCCCGCAAAUUCAGUCGGUUGCCGCUUUGGCGCAUGUGCCGAUGUGUCGUUGA